AUGGUACAAAGUCACAAUCUAAAAACUAAUAUAUUUCCAAAUGAAAUAUUUCAACAUGCUCUUGCAUUACUUCCGUUAAAAGAAAUAUAUUCAUUCAAGCGAGUCAAUAAAGCAUGGUAUCGUUUAUGUGACCAUGCAAUCGUUGAACAUAUUACAACCUCGGGUUCAAAAAUCCACGUUCGAGCUGGUACCUCAAAGAAGCCAAAACUUUGUUAUGAUCUUAAUUUCGUAGGUUAUGAUCCUAUUUCAAACAUUUUCACAUUCCAACCUCUUCAUGAUAAUAUAGAAUCGACUUUUUGUUAUCUAAAACAUUUGCGAGAAAUUAGAAUAUUAUUUGGAGAAUGGGAAGGUGUCAAUACAACACUAAACAAAUUUUCCCCAUCGGAUCCGAAAUUUGAAAUUCCUAAUAGGCAUGUUGAUCCGCAAGCAUCCGAGGUGUUAAGACGUGCUAAAUUAGAAUUUCAUAAAAAUUACAUAGAGUCCUUACGGAAAGUAUAUCAAUUAGAUGAUGAACCUUCAUUAAAAGAAGGAACCAUGAUAUCCUGUUUAGGAGACAAAGAUAUCGUAUUAAAGUGUCAUAUAACUACCGCACUUCCUUGUAAUGUACCGAAUGACCAACUGAAUUUCGAGGAUGAUGAUGCAGGGGGUGUGGUUUAUAGUUUAAAGAUAGAUUUCGUUAAAGUUUGUGCUUCUUGGUUAGUUUCUGGUACAACAUCAAAUUUUAUUCCAGAGGAUUCGCGAAAUCAAAUAUUUGCUCCUAGAUUUAAUCUUUUGGAUCAAAUUCUUGCCGAGCACAACAUUACAAGAUAUUAUCGUUAUUCUUCAAUAGUUCUUAAAUGGAUCUUAUCAGAUUAUGAUAGGAAUGACAAAAAAACCAUCGAAUUAAUUCAACGUAUAUUAUAUACCCAGGGAAAUUUUUCAAUACGAAGUAAAGUUGAAACGGCAUUAGAGGAACAAAAUGUGAAAAAACAAAACAUGUGGAAAUAUUCUUUAGUAGCACGAUUCCUUUGCGAUCCUGAUUCUUAUCCUGAUCCUCUCGACAUGGUCGUGGAUAGGGUUGUUCGUGCCGAACGUAGUGAAUCAGAUCAAAUGAAAGACAAUAAUCAUCACAAACUUUCAAGAUUCUCUCGUGGAUUAUAUUUCAUAAAAAUGAAAUUUAUUUUAUCAGAUACUUAA